AUGAAAUACCGUACAAUCUAUGAUGGUACCAAAUUAAUGCCAAUCUAUGAUGAAUUCAAUUACGUCCUAGAUGGGACUGAAUCAUGGGAAGAGGGUAAUUUUGAAUUAGAAGGUGAAAAUCAUGAUUUCACAAUACCUUUUCAUCCUGUAUUGGUCAUUUAUCAUCAAUGUGGUCAACUAAAACGUAUGAAUGCAACAUAUCGUCGGUUUAUUAUUCAAAUUCCUCAACAAUUUAUUGAUGCCAAUGAAUCAUUUCAUAUUGGUACAAUUAAUUUGGAACUUUAUUAUCCGGCUCAAAUAAAUGGCAUCAAAUUCGUUAAUUUCAAUAAACCGCUUGAAAUUAGUGGUGAAUUAUUUUGCGAUAAGAAUUAUAACAUUUCAACAGCUAUUGUACGAUUUUUUUCAACUGAUAAACAAGUACAAGAGUAUGAUAAUAUCCUUCCAUUUUCGUCCGAACGAUAA